CGGAGACUUCAAUAUAUCCGAUAACACCGAUAUUACCGGAGGUAAUUUGUAAUCCGGUCUCGACAUAAUAUCAGUAAUCGUUCCCAAUAGUAACAUCGGAUGUUGCGUGCCAUUUGCACAUCGUCAUACUGUGACCCAUCCUGAUCAAGCGAGAGAAAUAAGACAGGCAUUACUUAAGUCGUUGAUUUAAAUCGAUACUCCCUUUUCAGGGGAUUAAUCGGGCUUUACUGGUAUCGGUCCGAAACUGCGAGGAGAUGGAAGGCCGAGCUACAUUAUUCACUACACGAUUUAUACAUGCCGAGUCUGCUAUUCUGAGAAUAUUAUCAGGAAAGGCGAUAUAUUGUUUCAUUCGAUUUCAGCUAUACGUUCAACGACCAGACAAGCGUAUACUCCGUGAUAUAUGAAAAUUGAUGAUCCAUUACUUGUCUCGGUCUGGACACUUGAUUUGAAUCGCCAUUCGCUCUUCGGAGAUAAAGUGUAGUAGUAUUAACCUGGGCGAACUAGGCACCUGCGUCAAUGGUUAGGUAGUUGGCGAAUACGAGCAGUAUAGGUACCUCCUAGUUGGUUGGAGUUAGGUGUAAAGCCAAUAGAUCUUUACCGAGACAUCUAAGAUAUCCAUACCCAAGACUCAUACGAAACCUCAUAAGCAAACUAGCUCCAGUCAUAAUUAUCAACCAUGGCAUCGGAUAAGAAGGUUAUUUUGAUCACAGGUGGUAACACUGGCCUCGGCUUCGAAAUUGCGAAAGCAUUGUACCAGUCUGAAAUUCCUUACGAGGUCAUCAUCGGAACCCGGAAAGUGUCCAAGGGCGAGGACGCCAUCGCAGCACUGCGCAAGGAAAUCCCGCAGUCUGCCUCCUCGCUCAGCCUUGUACAAGUAGACCUCAACUCCGAUGCGUCACUUGAGAAGGCCAUCGAGUCCAUCAGCUCGCAGCAUGGAAGACUAGACUCACUAGUCAAUAAUGGCGGCGGCAGCUUCGACUCGGAUAUACAGGAAGGCAAAAUGACGCUACGCGAGGGAUUCAACGCUACCUGGGACCUCAAUGUAUCUGGCACCCACGUGCUUACCUCGCUCGCGGUUCCUCUGCUACUCAAGUCUGCUGACCCUCGCAUCGUGUUUAUCACCAGCGGCACAAGCACACUCACAGAGACCGAGAUUACAAAUCAUCCUAACCUUGCGCGCCUCAACGCUAACCCGCCCGCCGGAUGGCCGAAGCCGAAGGUCGGGUUGGCUCUGACGGCGUAUCGUUCCACGAAAACGGGUCUGAAUAUGUUGAUGCGCGAAUGGCAUCGCAUUCUCAAGAAUGACGGCGUCAAGGUAUGGGCUGUAUCCCCUGGAUUCCUUGCUACGGGGUUAGGAGGGGUCGGCUCCGAGAGCUUAAAGAAGAUGGGUGCGCGUGAUCCAUCUGUCGGUGGUCAGUUCGUCAGGGACGUUCUACAGGGGAAGCGGGACGAAGAUGCUGGGAAGGCUAUUAGAUCAGGUACUAUCCAGCCUUGGUAGAUGGCAGAUUCAAGAUAUUAUAUAGGCACCUUAUGUUCCUAGGCCAUGUAGGUGGCUAAUUCCCAAAACUAGCCCGCCACCUUUAGUAGUAAAAGAAAACACAUUAUUUAACCUCCUG